CUUUCACAGUCACCUGCCUGGAAGAGGGGUGGGGGCGAGGAGGGCGUGGCGCCCCUGUGCACCUUCUGCCUGCCCCCUCGGCCUUCUUCACUAAGUCUUCGAUGGCCGAGCGCCCCGGGGUGGCGGUGGGAGUGGGGUUGCUGGGCGGCGCUGUCUCCUUUCACAAAUGGGGAAACCGAGGCUUAAAGGGCGUCUGACUCGCCGGAGCAGCUCAGCCUGCAGCUGCUAGCAGUGGCGUCUCAUAUUAGCAUCGUUGUCAACCGGAGGCGGUGCGAGUCCGCCGGGGAUUCCAGAUGGGUCUCCCGCGCCGCCCGCCUGUCAUUUGCGGCCUGUAUUCGCGAGUCGCUCCCGCGGCGCCGCCUCCCAGCAGGCCCACGCCAACGGGGGGCCCGGGCUGGCGCCGCUGUCCCUGGAAUCGAUAGACAGGAUCUCCCUCUGUCACCCAGGCUGGAGUGUAGUGGAACAAUCACCGCUAAACUGCAGCCUUGGCUUCCUGGGCUCAUGCGAUCCUCCCACCUCAACUUCCCAACUCAUGGGGACUACAAGUGCCAUCACACCUGGCUAAUUUUUAAAUUUUUCUUUGGAGACAGGGUCUCAUUCUGUUGCCCAGACUUGUCUCGAACUCCUGGUCUAAAGUGAUCUUCCCGCCUAGCCUCCCAAAGUGUUGUAAUUACAGUCUGCAGAUCUCCAGGGGAGCCCACCAGCCUAGUCAGCAUGGCCUCGGAAGACAUUGCCAAGCUGGCAGAGACACUGGCCAAGACUCAGGUGGCCGGGGGACAGCUGAGUUUCAAGGGCAAGAGCCUCAAACUCAACACUGCAGAAGAUGCUAAAGAUGUGAUUAAAGAGAUUGAAGACUUUGACAGCUUGGAGGCUCUGCGUCUGGAAGGCAACACAGUGGGCGUGGAAGCAGCCAGGGUCAUCGCCAAGGCCUUAGAGAAGAAGUCGGAGUUGAAGCGCUGCCACUGGAGCGACAUGUUCACAGGGAGGCUGCGGACUGAGAUCCCACCAGCGCUGAUCUCACUAGGGGAAGGACUCAUCACAGCUGGGGCCCAGCUGGUGGAGCUGGACUUAAGUGACAACGCGUUUGGGCCCGACGGUGUGCAAGGCUUCGAGGCCCUGCUCAAGAGCUCAGCCUGCUUCACCCUGCACGAACUCAAGCUCAACAACUGUGGCAUGGGCAUCGGUGGCGGCAAGAUCCUGGCUGCAGCUCUGACCGAGUGUCACCGGAAAUCCAGUGCCCAAGGCAAGCCUCUGGCCCUGAAGGUCUUCGUGGCUGGCAGAAACCGUCUGGAGAAUGAUGGCGCCACUGCCUUGGCAGAAGCUUUUAGGGUCAUCGGGACCCUGGAGGAAGUCCACAUGCCACAGAAUGGGAUCAACCACCCUGGUGUCACUGCUCUGGCCCAGGCUUUCGCCGUCAACCCCCUGCUGCGGGUCAUCAACCUGAACGACAACACCUUCACCGAGAAGGGCGCCGUGGCCAUGGCCGAGACCUUGAAGACCUUGCGGCAGGUGGAGGUGAUCAAUUUUGGGGACUGCCUGGUGCGCUCCAAGGGUGCCGUUGCCAUUGCAGAUGCCAUCCGUGGUGGCCUGCCCAAGCUAAAGGAGCUGAACUUGUCAUUCUGUGAAAUCAAGAGGGACGCUGCCCUGGCUGUUGCCGAGGCCAUGGCAGACAAAACCGAGCUGGAGAAGCUGGACCUGAACGGCAACACCCUGGGAGAAGAAGGCUGUGAACAGCUUCAGGAGGUGCUGGAGGGCUUCAACAUGGCCAAGGUGCUGGCGUCCCUCAGUGAUGACGAGGACGAGGAGGAGGAGGAAGGAGAAGAAGAAGAGGAAGCCGAAGAAGAGGAGGAGGAGGAAGAGGAGGAAGAGGAAGAAGAAGAAGAGGAGGAGGAAGAGGAGGAGCCUCAGCAGGGAGGGCAGGGAGAGAAGUCAGCCACACCCUCACAGAAGAUUCUGGACCCUAACACUGGGGAGCCAGCUCCCGUGCUGUCCCCCCCACCUCCUGCAGACGCCUCCACCUUCCUGGCUUUUCCCUCUCCAGAGAAGCUGCUGCGCCUGGGGCCCAAGAGCUCCAUGUUGAUAGCCCAGCAGACUGACACGUCUGACCCCGAGAAGGUGGUCUCUGCCUUCCUAAAGGUGUCAUCUGUGUUCAAGGACGAAGCUACUGUGAGGACGGCAGUGCAGGAUGCAGUAGAUGCCCUGAUGAAGAAGGCUUUCAGCUCCUCGUCCUUCAACUCCAGCGCCUUCCUCACCAGGCUCCUCGCACAUAUGGGUCUACUCAAGAGUGAAGAUAAGGUCAAGGCCAUUGCCAACCUGUACGGCCCCCUGAUGGCACUGAACCACAUGGUACAGCAGGACUAUUUCCCCAAGGCCCUUGCACCCCUGCUGCUGGCAUUCAUAACCAAGCCCAACAGCGCCUUGGAAUCCUGCUCCUUUGCCCGCCACAGUCUGCUGCAGACACUGUACAAGGUCUAGACUCAAAGCCUCUCCCAUCCCUUGGCCUGGACCAGUGAGCUGGGGAGGGACUCGGAGGAACUGAGGCACAACCCACGCCAUUGCCUUGGACAGAACUCUGGUCAGAGGCAGGGCGGGUCUGUGUCCCGUGUGUCCUGUCAGUCCCCUGAAUAUGUGUGUAGGUGUGGUACGCGUGCAGGUCUGUGCCUUCUGUCGGGAUUUGGGUUUGAACCUCUCUCUGCUGGCCUGGCUCUGCUCUGUUGUGGGGAGUUGGCCCCCAGGGGAAAGGACUGUGAGCUGCUCUGCCAUUAAACUCACCUUCACCUGACGGCGCUCUGCUGAUCUCCGCCUGGGCCCUGAUGGCUGUCCCCACCCACCUGCCUUCCAGCCCGGCUCCCUGGCGGAGCCAGAGCCCAAGGAGUUGCCCGCGUGCUGUCCUUCCCCUCUGUGUUGUGACUGGGCUGUUUCCUGCCCUGCUUGGGGCUGCUUCUCAUCACCAAGCCCUGGUCCUGCAGCAGCUGUCCUCCCUACCAUCCAUGCCACUGUGCUGAGCGCUCAGCCUGAAGAGCAGAGAAUACCAUGGGUGGGACUGUGGGGGUGGGAUCAUGGGGCUGCUGGCAGAGGGCAACCCUGGGCCCCAUGCCGUGUGGCCAGGCAGACACCAGAUUGUCCAGGAGCAGGAGCUGCUGGAACUGCGCUGGCCCCGGACCUAGCGGACCCUCUCCUGGCUGCUGAGAUGUUGUCUGUGACUGGCCUGGGGGCCAAGCUGGAGGGGGUGUGUUGACAACCCAAAGCUAUUGUCCAGUCUGUGGAGGGAGGGGCAGGGUCCCCAGUGUCGGAGCCGUAUCUGGACGCUGCUCUUAAAGGACCUCCUGGGGCAGGGGAGCAGUGGGGUCUGGACUGGGCAGAUGCUGUACAACCUCCCUGUGUGCCCGUGACUGCCCCAUGCUUUCCCCUUUGUGUUCUGUGUGUGUCUGGGCUGUGCCCGGGGGCUUCACAAAUAAAGUCAUGUAUACAGCUUCAGA